AGCACAGAUGUCUCCAUUGUCCAGACAAUGAAACUCAGGCACAAAAAAGGCUAAUUGACUUAUCGCAAUUAAUUAUUCCUGUUAUUAUGGAGUAAUGAAUAGAAUGCAAGUCUCCUGACCACAGACCGAAUGUUCUUUCAUUGUAAAAAAUAUAUAUAUAUGUUAAUAACCAGGAUUCCAUGUUUUCUUAUUAAAAAACAAAUACUCUUCAGCUGAAGUUGUCAUCCUUAUCUCCAGAUUGUCUACAAAAAUGUUUCAAAGGACAGACACUUUUAUUCCUUUGACAGCCAAUCAAGUGAAAGCAAACAGAAGAUAGUUUUACAACCGAAAGUAUAGCUAUUUUGCCAAUUAAGAGAAGACCUAGUCUAUAGACUGGAUAAAUAAUACCUACAUUUUUGGUGUUUCCUUUUCUUUAUGAUAAAUUGUCUAACCAAUUUUUGGAACUCUUUCAACAAAUUACUUGAAAAGGUUUUUCUUGAAUGAACAUAGAUUCUUUUGCCUCAGAAUACUUGCCGAUGAAGGAUUCACUGGACUAUCUAUUGCCAGGAUUUAAUCAUUUUCCCCUUAGCUCAGGUUAUUGAUAUUGUAAACAGAGUUCAAAGUUAUUUUUUAAUCCUUCGUUGCUAAUUUUUAUUGUCACCUAAUUUACCUCUUUGGUCAGUACUGCACACCUGUGGUUUUGAAGACUCUAAAUACCUCAGUCACUUAAGAAUUUCUGUCAUAAUUGUGUGACUAACUUGGCUCAAAUCUUAAGGUUAGAUAUUUCUUAAAAUUUACGUUGCAAUAAAGAAUAUCAUCUUGGGGUGUCAUUUAUUUACAUAUCCUUUUAGCUGAAGUAUGAUCUCAUGUGACAUCAGUACUUGAAAAUAUUUCUCUUCAAAACAGACAUGGAAGGAGCAGCUAGAAUGUUGGCAGCUUUAAUCUACUUCAUCUGGUUUUGAGGGAAUAAUAAUUUCUUCAAAAGAAAUGAUUGUUCCUCACUGACUUUGGCUAAACUAUCUUCAUGUUUUCUCACUUCCAAAAUGCUUAUCAACACUGACUUUCUUUCUAGCCUGACUGCUGCAGGGAUUUUAGCUGCUAGCCAGAGAGAAAAGAUUUCUAUCCUACUUUCAUGAACGGGAAGAUCCAGAAGUCAGGUUUGAUGCAGGAUAGCCCCUGUGGUUUAUCUGGGAACCUGGUGGUAAAGCACGGAGAAGGGGUAGACAGUGGUUCUGAAGACUCUAAAAUAACAAAACCAUGCUUGAUUCUUGUUGCCUUUUAAACAUGUGGAAAUGGAUGACAAUGAAAGCUGCUUGGAGUCUGAUCAUUGUGACUGUGGUGGUAAUGCCCGGCACAAAUAAGAGCCUGAAUGGGUAAAAAAGCAGAGAGUAUUUUAAAGGAGUCAGCGUUCCUUUACCUUGGUGAAACGGAGCUGAAGUUACACACAGUCCUCGUCGACUUUGCAACCUGCCCCUGACGGUAUGGUUUGGGGAGGACACAUCGUGCCUGAGGUAUUGCAAGAUCCAGAAUUACGGAGAAACAGAAAGACUCAGGAUCAAUGCCAGAUUCUCUUUCGGCAGGCGAGUUUCUCAAGAGAAGUACUGCGCUGCAUGAUAUUGUACCAGUGUGGUGUACAUGGUGGCAGAAAUUCUUCAAAAAGUUGAGAUUACAGACAUCCCGCCAGAAUGAUUUCUGCAAAGCCCAGACUUGUCGUACCUUAUGGCCUCAAGACUCUGCUUGAGGGAGUUAGCAGAGCCAUACUCAAAACCAAUCCACCAAACAUCACCCAGUUUGCAGCAGUUUAUUUCAAAGAACUUACUGUGUUUAGAGAAGGAAAUAAUUCUCUGGAUAUAAAAGAUCUUGUUAAACAAUUUCAUCAGAUUAAAGUGGAGAAAUGGUCAGAAGGAAUGGCACAAGAGAAGAAACCAGAAUGUGUGAAAAAGCCAGAAAGGACAUCUACAGUUUCCCAAGAACCUAAACGGGUGGAAAAAUCUACGGACACAGAGGAGGACAACAUAACUGCACUGCAGUUUAGCAACAAAACCACGCAGUUCCCGUCAGUUCAUGCUCAGCUGCUCUCAGAGCCUGAGGACGCCCCUGAAGUAGCUCGUGCUCCUUCGAAACCGACCGCCCCUGAGAAUGCCACCCCGCCCUCAUCGCCAUCGCCAGCAGCUGUCUCACCCGAGCUGGCCUAUAUCCCUGCUGACCCAGCUCAGUUUGCUGCUCAGAUAUUAGGUAAUGUUUCCUCAGUUCAUUCGGAUCACUCUGAAAUUUUAAUGGUGGAUGUAGCAACAAGUAUGCCCGUUUUUCCCGAGGAGAUGCUGAGCUCAGAGGCUGCUGAAGAUGAUGUGGUGGCCACUCCUGUGCAUUCUGGAGAGAUGGCAGCAGUGCAGCUUCUGAGUGAGCUAUCUGUCCAUGUAGAUUUGGGUUCUAAAUCUAAAGACCGUAAGGCUGAACCACCAAUGGCUUCCUCAUUCCCCUUGCAGGAUGAACAAGAAACUCCUGCUUAUGAUCAAGCUCCUCAGGUCCCUUUGCAGGCUGCUGCUGGGGUGACAUCCACCACGCACAUAGCAUCUAUCUAUAAAGAUGGGCCUGCGAUCGAAGGAGUUACUAAUGUUGAGCAAAUACUGGAACAAACAAUUAUCCCCUUUUCUGAUCAUGUUGCUCGUCAUAAAGGAAAUGAGCAGUCACCACCCCUUAGUCCCAUACUUGUAGUAGGCAAGACAGCCUCAGACGUGUCUGAAAAAUCUGUGGGUUCUGCAAACUUUGUGCAGUCGGAGAGUGCAAAAUAUGACUCCUUAGUAUAUGUGGAGGCAGACGCCUCUGCCACAACAGUGAGCUCUGAAAUAUCUGUGCACCUUGAAGUGGACAUCUUUGCGCUGGCCCCUGGCAGUGCCGGGCAGGAGGACUCAUGGGAAAACCGUGCGUCCCAGGAGCUGGAGGUCAAACCCGCGCUCUCAGGGGAAGCUGCAAAAGUAGUGCGCUCAGGUGCGUCCGUAAGAUCAUCUAGUGGCCCCCAACCUCCUGUUCCAGAAGGUCUUAAUGAAACAGAAAUCGAACCAGAAUGGGAAGCAGCACCUAAACAAGGUUUGACGGAGCCAGCAAUAGCAGCAAGCGAAGCAGGACAACCACCACCAUAUUCUAACAUGUGGACCCUUUAUUGUCUAACUGAUAUGAGUCAACAAAGUCGCCCAUCACCACCACCUGCACCUGGGCCUUUCCCCCAAGCAACCCUCUAUUUACCUAAUUCUAAGGAUCCACAGUUUCUGCAGCAUCCACCAAAAGUUACUUCUCCAACUUAUGUGAUGAUGGACAACAGCAAGAAGAGCAGUGCCCCGCCUUUUAUUUUAGUGGGCUCAAAUGUUCAGGCAGCACAGCAUUGGAAGCCUGUUCCUGGACAUGCUGUUUCCCAGUCAGAUGCCUUGAAGAGACACACUGCAGUGCAAGUACCCACUGCUGUUCCUGCAGAUCAGAAAUUCCAGAAACACGCCCCCAAUCCCCAGAAUGCUAAUCCUCCUACAAGUGGACAAGAUGUCCCCAGACCACACAGUCCAGUUUCUGUUGCUUUCCUGGUAGAAGAUGUAGCCAAAAAAGGUUCAGGAUUUGGUGACAAACGUACUCCCUCUGGAAGUUACGGUAUUGCUGGAGAAGUAACUGUGACUAUUGCCAAUGUUCGCAGAGCAGAAACUUAAAACUGGCAGGUGCCAAAGAUGACAUUGUUUGAGUUGACCUUCAAGGUGGAGACUGCCACCAAGCGUGAUAUAUCAAUAAACUUCAUGCAAGCAUAAAACCUUGUCGCCUUGCUUAUUUUAUAAUUUGGGUGGUGUACAAACAUCUGAACACGACAGGUCUUAAAUAUUUUCAGACUUGUGAUAUGACACAAUAGCAUUUUCCAACUCGUAUACAUUGGUAAAAAAAACAAAACAAAAAAAAACCUUUCCACUCUAGCAAUUUUCUACCAAGGUAUUCCAGUUGAUAAUUCUGUAUCUGGCAUUCACACCAAGUGAAGACAGUGGCACCUUGCUCUAAUACUGUAUUUACCCAGAGAACAGUGAGUGCUAACUAACUGCCUACUUAGCACGUGAGCUUGGGGGUGGGGUGAG